AUUAACAAAAUGCCACUGAAGACAUACUUGAUUUUACUAUUAGUCUCUUGAUCCUCAUUGUUAUCACUCUUAUUGCUGAAGGGGUAGUUUAUCUCGUAAAUGGUUGGACUUAUUACAUACGAGCCGCCAAUAAUCGUCACCUUAAGUCAAAUGUCAACAAGAGCACAUGUUUCUCCUGCAUUAAGGGACAAAAUAGUUCCGUUCUCCGGAUCGCCCGCUUGUCCGCGCCUCUCGUUUAAUCUAUCUUUGCGGGCGACCUCCCCCCUUUUGUUCGACCGUUUCGGGGCUCUCGGUUCGAGCAUGGCGCCCAACCAGGACGACCCGGCCUCGCCAUGGGCGUACCCGCGCGAGCCCUCGCUCAAGAAUUUGACCUCGCCGGAAUGGGGUCGUCCGCGCCCGCGCGCUAAUCCGGCCACCCAAUCGCUGGGCCAGCCUCACGUCGAGUCUUUCAACUUCAUGAUGGGCCCGGGCUUGGACUUAGUGGUACAAGAUCUGAAGCCGCUUCUGUUCCGUGUACCGCAAACCGAAGAGCGGAUCGCUUUGCGCAUUACGGAAGCCCACUUGAUGGCACCCAGUGUGGUACCCGGAUCGAUCGGCGUGAAGGAGCCCCGAGUCUUUCCCACGGAGGCCCGACAAAGAGGCAUCACCUACAAAGGUCGAUUAAACAUUAGAUGCGCUUAUUCCGUAAAUGGGAUUGAACAGCCGCCCUUUGAGAAGUCCUUGGGGCAGAUCCCGAUUAUGUUGCGCUCGAACGCGUGCAAUCUGGCUGGUUUAAGUCCGGCGGAGCUCGUGGCUCACGGUGAGCACGAGGAGGAGUGGGGCGGAUACUUCAUUGUGGGCGGACACGAGCGAAUCAUCCGCAUGUUGCAAACCACCCGCCGCAAUUAUCCCAUCGCUAUGCAGCGACCAUCGUGGAAGAAACGCGGUCGAAACUUUUCCGAUCUGGGCGUCCUAUUGGAGUGCGGCAAGUCCGAUCUGACCACCAACAAGAACGUGUUGCACUUUGUCACCUCGGGCACGAGUAAGUUCAUGUUCAACUUUGGCAAGGAGCUGUUUUUCGUGCCCGUGGUCAUGAUCUUGAAAUGUCUGUGCACUCGAUCCGAUGCCAGUAUCUAUCAAGCCUUGAUCGCUGGCACUGAAGAGGACGAUUUCUAUUAUCGAGGAUGUCUCAAGAAUAUGUUAGCCGAACCUCAAGAGGAGGGCCUAUUUUCGAGUGAGCAGGUUCGUCAAUAUAUUGGCCGCGUGUUCCGCGACAAGAUGUCGUACAUCAUGCCGGAUUGGUACACGGAUGAGGAGGCGUGUGAUUUCCUGAUUGACCGUGCCAUCUGCAUUCAUCUGAACAACAAUGAGGACAAAUUCAACAUGAUCGUGCUCAUGGUGAAGAAGCUGUUCGCUCUCGUGCAGGACAAGUGCGUGGUAGAGGGCGUGGACAGUGUGAUGAUGCACGAGAUCGUGGUGGGUGGGCAUCUUUAUCUGCAGUUGAUAAAAGAGAAGCUCGAAAUGUGGAUGACGUCCCUGAAGGCGAACAUCUUGAAGCGCACUCGAGGAGCCCGAGGCAACCCCGAGGUCAACCCUGAGGCCAUUCAAUUGUGCGCCAAUCGAACCAUCACUUUGGAGAAGAUGUUCGAAAACUUCUUGGGCACGGGCAAUCUGCCCAGUCAGAGCGGUUUGGGCCUCAUGCAAGAUUCGGGCCUCACCAUCAUGGCUGAGAACAUCAAUCGGAUGCGAUAUAUGUCCCAUUUCCGGGCCAUUCAUCGUGGUUCCUUCUUCCAAGAAAUGAGGACCACCGAAGUCCGAGCCCUCCUCCCUGACGCUUGGGGAUUCGUUUGUCCCGUUCACACGCCCGAUGGCGCACCCUGUGGGCUCCUCAAUCAUCUGACCAUGCCCGCCGAGAUCGUGACGCACGUACCGGAUGCGUCGAAAAUACCCCAAGUCCUGGUCAAUUUGGGCAUGCAUCCCCUAGGGGAGGUGCCGGAGAAAGUGAUGAAGUCUUGCUACCACGUGGUGCUCAAUGGGAAGGUCUUGGGCUUCGUUGCCCGAUCUCACGCCCAAAGGAUUGCCGACAAACUGCGUGUGCUCAAGAUCCAAGGUGAUCGGGUGCCCAAGGUGACCGAGAUCGUCCUUAUCGCAGCUAAAAGCCGUGCGGCUCAAUUCCCUGGCAUGUUCAUAUUCACGGGUGCGGCGCGCAUGAUGCGACCCGUUCUCAACUUAUCCGUGAAUGAGAUUGAGUUGAUUGGCACGUUCGAGCAAGUCUUCAUGGAUAUCUGCAUCACUCAGGAUGAAGCCUACAAAGGACUCACGACCCACCAAGAGAUCCGAGCCACCAGUUUCUUGAGCAAUUUGGCGUGCACCAUUCCAUUGCCGGACUUCAAUCAGUCCCCUCGUAACAUGUACCAGUGUCAAAUGGGCAAGCAAACCAUGGCCUCGCCCAUGCACACGUGGCAUCUCAAUUCCGAGACCAAAAUGUAUCGCCUCCAAACGCCCUCUUCGCCCUUCUUCCGUCCCGCCCAUUAUGAUCACAUCAAACUGGAUGACUUCCCCAUGGGCACCAACGCCAUCGUCGCCGUCAUCUCUUACACAGGAUACGAUAUGGAGGACGCCAUGAUCAUCAACAAAUCCUCAUUCGAACGCGGGUUUGCCGCAGGAUCCAUCUACAAAUCGAUGUUUGUCGACCUCAGAGAACAGGCCACUGGUCGGAAGAACAGUCAGGCCGAUUGUGUCCCUCUGUUAUUCGCUCGAGACCCCAAGAACGAGACCCUAGGGAAAUUUCUCGAUUUGGACGGCCUGCCUCAUAUCGGAGUUCCUCUGCAUGAAGGUGAUCCCUUGUAUAGCUAUUGCAACACGACAGAAGGCACCUACGUAGUCAAGAGGUACGAAGGGAAAGAGAUGGUUUUCGUGGAUGCCGUCAAGAUUUGCUCCAAUGAUACGGGCACGAGUGAGCGUAAUCGGAUUUGCAUCAGUCUCAGAAUUCCACGUAAUCCCUCCGUGGGAGACAAGUUUGCCUCUCGAGCUGGCCAAAAGGGGAUUUGCAGUCAAAAAUGGCCCACCGAGGAUUUGCCUUGGACAGAAAGUGGCUUAUUCCCCGAUAUCGUGUUUAAUCCUCACGGCUUUCCAUCUCGGAUGACCAUCGCCAUGAUGAUCGAGUGCAUGGCAGGCAAGUCGGGGGCGGUUCAUGGACUCUGCCACGAUGCCACGCCUUUCGUCUUCGGCGAGACCAGUCAUGGUCGUGUGGAUGCCAUUGAUUUCUUCGCUCGCCAAUUAGAGAAGGCCGGCUACAACUAUUAUGGCACAGAAACGCUCUACUCGGGGACGGAUGGGGUGGAGAUGAAGGCCGACAUCUUCUUCGGUAUCAUUCAUUAUCAACGCCUACGUCAUAUGGUCAGUGACAAAUUCCAAGUUCGAAGCGUGGGCACCAUCGAUCAAGUGACAAGACAACCAAUUAAGGGUCGACGACGGGGUGGUGGAGUUCGAUUUGGCGAGAUGGAGCGAGAUUCACUACUUUCGCAUGGAACCAUGUUCCUCCUGCAAGACCGUCUGUUUCAUGGGUCGGAUAAGGCACGGGUGAAAAUCUGCACCGAAUGCGGGAGUCUUCUGUCUCCGCGGGUUGUGAUCCCACUCAAGGCCAAUUCCACGGGCGUGUCACGAUAUCGGGAACAUCAUACUAAGUGUGUGAUCUGUGAUCGCUUCGACUGCGUCAAGGAUAUCCAAUUACCUUAUAUUUUCCUCCAUCUGGUGUCGCAAUUGGCUGCAGUAAAUAUCAAGAUCAAGGUCCAGACCAAACAGGAGUAAAUUGUAGGGCGUUAAUUUUGUGAGAAUAUAUCCCAAAGAAAAUUCU